UCUCCCCAGAUUCAUCCUGUGAGAAUGGAAGGGGAAAAAGUAAGCAUAGAUAUUCCCAGGGAUGGAAAAUCCAAGGUUCUUGAUCCAGUAUUUUCCGUCUUUCUUGUUCAACUUCCACGCAAACUUCAAAACUGUCUUAAGUCACAACUGAAGAGAUUAACCAAAGAUGGUGACAAAAUAAAACAUUUGAACUAUUUUCUUGAAAAGAAGAACCGUUUAUCUACUGGAUUGCGGAUCGAUCGGGAGAAACAAUUGGAAGCUUGGAGAGGAAAUCCUUCAUGGGUCAAUCCACCUCCAGAAAUAGAGGUCAGUGUUGGGAAAGGCUCUCUUUGCCACCUUAAAGCAACAGCCGAUAUUGGGUUGCCCCCAGAUGAGGUGUAUAACAUUGUUACUGAUCCUGAUAACAGGAGGGUUUUCAAAAACGUUAAGGAAGUGAUAUCAAGAAAGGUUUUAAUCGAUGAAGGUCAAAGACAGGUGGUCGAAGUGGAACAAUCAGCUAUCUGGAGAUUCCUUUGGUGGUCAGGAACCAUCUCGGUUCAUGUUCUAGUGGAUCAAAACAGAGAAGAUCACACGAUGAGGUUCAAACAAAUGAGCAACGGAUUCAUGCAAAAGUUUGAAGGUUACUGGCGAGUCGAACCGCUUUUCGUCGACAAGAAAAUAUGUUUUCCUUUCAAGCCAAAAACGUUGUCAGAGUAUUGUUCAUGUACUGGAGGCAAAGGAAGGAUUGGAACAAAGGCGAGCUUAGACCAAUUGAUUCAACCAGCCAUCGCUCCUCCCCCACCCAUUUCUUGGUAUCUAAGCGGAAUACCUGCAAAAACCACUGAGAUGCUGAUAAAUGAUCUACUUGCCGAAGCCGACAGAAUCAAGGGCAGCCAUAACUUGGAAAUUUUGAACAAGAAGCUUCGGUUAUCAAAGAAGAUAAACGAACAUCGUUACCAACUUGAGCAAGUCUGUGACAUUAAAGAAAGAUGGAAGUCACAUCGGAGGAAUCGGAAGUUGUUGCAGCGUCGUAAGAAGCUGUUCACAGAUGAAUCCUCAAGUUUUUAAUUUGUUCGAAUUCAUCUGUAUUUUGUUGAAUCAAUAUCAUACGAAAUUUGUUCACUAACGUUGUAAUGAUGUCUCCAUUUGGACGUUUGUAACUCUUUCAGAUUUUAAGCAGGCUUCCAAUCUUUUUCUUCCUA